CAUUGGUUCAACGGUUUGGAAGAAGCAAAGGAAGGAGGCAGAGGCGAAAGGCGGAAAGAGAGAGAAGGCAUGUCAAGGUCGGUGCUUCGGCGUCUGCAUACAUUCAUCGCUGCUCGUAUUCGGCAAAAUCAAGCCUUACUUCUCACCACUUCUGCUCUUCACCACUCUCCAUCUCCUUCUCAAUCACCAUCUCUCGAUGCCAUUCAAAUGACCGACAAUUGCGUCCAAAGAAUUAAGGAACUGCAAACCAAUGAAGCUUCCAUGAAGGAUAAAAUGCUUCGCUUGAGUGUCGAGACGGGUGGGUGCUCUGGGUUUCAAUAUGUCUUUUUACUGGAUGAUAAAACUAAUUCAGAUGACAGAAUUUUUGAAAAGGAUGGAGUGAAAUUGGUGGUCGAUAAAAUUUCGUAUGAUUUUGUAAAAGGUGCAACUGUUGAUUAUGUCGAGGAACUGAUCCGUUCUGCUUUCCUGGUAAGCACAAACCCGAGCGCAGUGGGUGGAUGCAGUUGUAAAAGUUCUUUCAUGGUGAAAGAAUAGUCCUAGAAGUGAUGUCAAGACCUUUUUAACCUCUACACUCUCAACAUGGCUAAGUCAUUCAAGUUUUGCUUCAAUUGAUCAUUGCAUCUAUAUUUCUUUGUCCUUAUUAAAUUUAAACUCCAUGAUUACCAUAUGUAAGCCUGUUUAUGUAAACAUGAGGCAUGUGCCAGCUUGUAUGUGACUGAAUAACCAGAGUUUUCUCUCUGAUGUAUUUCUUCAAAUUGAGGAUUCAACAUCUAGCCAUCUCUAUUGAUGGGCUAGCAAUACAGCUAGUGUUUCACACUGUACCACGGAAAUCAUUGGAUGGCUAGAUGUAACAAACAUUGAUGCAAUUUGAUUGGAAGUCCUCUCAUUCUUCGGCA